AUGAGGGGGGUGGGCAAGCACGAGCGGCGGUGGGGAUCAGAUACCGUACCUGCCGGAAAUUCGGUCAGCGGAGGAUCGUCUCCUGGAACGGAGUAUUCCGGAACUUCGGCCACGAAUACGGCGGAGGAGUUCGUUGAAGUCACGCUCGAUCUUCAGGACGAUGAUACCAUCAUCCUACGCAGCGUUGAACCGGCCACGGUCAUCAACAUCGACGGCAAUGACGUCAUCUCCGGAAUCACAGGUGUCGAGACUCCGGCUCCGGCAUCGGCGUCUACUUCCCGGUCUCCGACGAUGCGGCGGAGCACAUCCAACAAGCUGCUCCAGUUUUCUCAGGAGUUGAAAGCGGAAGCACUUGCGAAAGCGAAGCAGUUCUCGCAGGAGCUGAGGAGGUUUUCAUGGAGCCACGGGCACUCGUCGCGGAUACUUUCCGGCACCGGCGGAUGCAGCAGCGGCUUGGACUCCGCGCUGGCGGCGAGGGCGAUGCGCCGUCAGAGGGCGCAGCUGGAUCGCACGCGCUCCGGCGCUCAUAAAGCUCUCCAGGGGCUUAAAUUCAUCAGCAACUGCAAAAACAACCGCAUCGACGCCUGGAACGAAGUCCAGAGAAAUUUCGAGAAGCUCGCCAAAGACGGUUACCUCUAUCGCGCUGAUUUUGCACAAUGCAUAGGGAUGAGAGACUCCAAGGAGUUCGCACUGGAAUUAUUCGAUGCAUUAAGCAGACGGAGAAGAUUGAAGGUCGAGAAGAUCAGCAGAGAUGAGCUCUACGAGUUCUGGUCACAAAUCACGGAUCAAAGCUUCGACUCCAGGCUCCAGAUUUUCUUCGACAUGGUGGACAAAAACGAAGAUGGCCGCAUCACCGAAGAGGAAGUUAAGGAGAUUAUUAUGGUAAGUGCCUCUGCAAAUAAGUUAUCAAGAUUAAAAGAACAGGCGGAGGAGUACGCAGCGUUGAUCAUGGAAGAGUUGGACCCCGAGGGGCUUGGCUACAUUGAGCUAUGGCAGCUGGAAACACUAUUGCUACAGAAGGACACAUACCUAAACUACAGCCAAGCCCUGAGCUACACGAGCCAGGCCCUGAGCCAGAACCUUCAUGGGCUCAGAUACAGAGGGCGGUUUAAGAGAAUGAGCUCAAAAUUGAUUUAUUUCUUGCAAGAAAAUUGGAGGAGAAUUUGGGUCUUAACGCUCUGGAUUAUGAUAAUGAUUGGGCUUUUCACUUGGAAAUUCUAUCAGUACAAACAGAAGAAUGCGUUCAGGAUCAUGGGUUAUUGCCUUCUCACGGCUAAGGGCGCAGCCGAGACUCUGAAAUUCAACAUGGCUCUCAUAUUAUUGCCUGUGUGCAGGAACACCAUUACUUGGCUGAGGUCCUCUAAGAUGGGGUAUUUUGUGCCCUUUGAUGACAACAUCAACUUUCACAAGACCAUUGCUGCAGCCAUUGUAAUUGGUGUCAUACUCCAUGCUGGUAACCACCUUGCAUGCGACUUUCCAAGGCUUAUAAACGAACCGGAUUCAACAUACCGACUUUAUAUGAUUGAUGACUUUGGCAAUCACAAGCCUAAUUACAUGGACCUUGUUAGAGGGAUUGAGGGUGUGACGGGAAUCCUGAUGGUGAUCUUCAUGGCAAUUGCUUUUACAUUAGCAACACGGUGGUUCAGACGGAGUCUUAUUAAGCUGCCUAAGCCAUUAGACAGGCUCACCGGCUACAAUGCCUUCUGGUACUCGCACCACCUGUUCGUCUUUGUCUACAUCUUGCUCAUCAUCCAUGGAGUUUUCCUUUAUCUCGUCCACCACUGGUAUAAAAAGACGACAUGGAUGUAUCUUGCGGUCCCUGUACUUCUUUAUGCAGGAGAAAGGACCCUCAGAUUCUUCCGCUCAGGUUUCUACAGUGUCCGGCUUUUGAAGGUUGCCAUUUAUCCAGGAAAUGUCCUCACAUUGCAAAUGUCAAAGCCUCCACAGUUUAAAUAUAAGAGCGGACAAUACAUGUUUGUCCAGUGUCCAGCUGUUUCUCCAUUCGAGUGGCAUCCGUUCUCAAUUACCUCGGCCCCUGAUGAUGAUUACCUUAGCAUUCACAUACGUCAGUUAGGUGACUGGACACAUGAGCUUAAGAGGGUAUUCGCUGAGGCAUGUGAGCCUCCUGUUGGUGGGAAGAGUGGCCUACUCAGAGCUGAUGAAACUACGAAGAAAAGUUUGCCAAAGCUAUUAAUAGAUGGGCCUUAUGGAGCUCCAGCGCAAGACUAUAGGAAAUAUGACGUCCUCUUACUUGUUGGUCUUGGAAUCGGAGCAACUCCCUUCAUCAGCAUCCUAAAAGAUUUACUCAACAAUAUUGUCAAAAUGGAGGAGCAGGCUGAUUCAAUAUCAGAUUUCAGCAGGUAUUCGGACCAGAGUGCUGGUUCUUUUGACUCUUCAUCUCACAACAAGGUUUCUCCUAAACGGAAGAAAACUCUGAGGACAACUAAUGCUUACUUUUACUGGGUCACGAGAGAGCAGGGGUCAUUUGAUUGGUUCAAAGGCGUCAUGAAUGAAGUUGCCGAACUUGAUCAAAGGGGUGUUAUCGAGAUGCACAACUAUUUAACUAGUGUCUAUGAGGAAGGGGAUGCACGUUCGGCUCUCAUCACAAUGGUUCAGGCACUUAACCAUGCUAAAAAUGGGGUCGAUAUCGUAUCUGGAACAAGGGUCAGAACGCAUUUUGCAAGGCCUAAUUGGAAGAAAGUUCUCUCUAAGAUCGGCACCAAACAUGCCAAUGCAAGAAUAGGGGUCUUCUACUGUGGGGCACCAGUAUUGGCAAAAGAACUCAACCAGAUGUGCUACGAGUAUAAUCAGAAGGGCUCGACCAAAUACGAAUUCCACAAAGAGCAUUUCUAAGAGACAACAACCACAUGCCUAAUAGCACUACCAUUUUGUCCCAUUUUUGGCUGACCCCUGAGUUAAUAUAUACGAAGUCUCCCUUGCACACAGUAUGCUGAAAAGAGAGGGCCAAAGUGUCAAAAAUGCUACGAAGGAAAUAAUAUUUGUAUAGUCCUUGGUAGGAAAUUAAGAUAGCUAGAAUUUACAGGAAAUGUACACAUACAAGUCUAUAUAAUAUAUUUUGAUUCUAUAGUACAGUUUUUCAUGAGCCAACAUAACCAAAAAUUGGUUGUGGGUGGCAAAAUGGCUCAAAGAUUUUGAAUAAGGCGGCAACAUCACGACGACCACUAAGCAUCCGCCAGGCAGCAGUAUCGAGCACGUGACAGCUGAAUGACGAGGAAGAUGUAAGUGCAGUACAGCAUUAAGGGCAUUGAGCUAUCCUGAUAAUGGAUUUGGAAAAGAGACAUCUGUGGAAGAGAUGAGGUUUGUCUUUGUGGAUUUAGGGGACCGUUGCUUUGGUUCAAAUCUUUCAAUUAUUAGAAUUGGACCUCGUUUCUUUAGGUGGGGUAGAGACAUCCUUGUACAACAGCAUGCCUAUGCUUUCCACUAUGAAAAAUAUGCUGCCAUUUUAUUCCUGGUUUCGUGUUUUCUCCAUGGAAUAGAAGAAGAAUACGUAAAUGUGAAGUUCACAAGGGAUCGCACGUUGUUCUGUGUUAAUCUGUUAAAGAGCUUUUGAUUAGGUUAAGAUUGCAAGACUAUAUUGUAUGCUGAUGCAGUGCGGAUGAUAUGUGUAAAUAAAGGGA